GACGGCGGGGGAAGGGGCGGUGGCGCCUCCGGGAGUGGGGAUGGCGGCGGCGGUGUUGUUAGCGGCCUCCGGGAGCGGGCAGUGCAAAGCCUCGGCCCUGGUGGUACUCGGAGAGGCCGGGAGGCCCGAGCUGUUGCUGCUGCCGGAUGUGAUCGCGCAGAUUCGGCGAGGGAUCCUCUCCUGGGACAUCGAUGCUUCUGCCUACAGCCUGGAUGAGCAGCUCAAGCUCUUUGUGUCCCGACAUUCUGCGACAUUUCCCACAGAAGCAAAAGACCAAAAGAUUCUCCAUCACUGUGGUGAGGCAUUGGAAACAUUGGUGCUGAUAAACCCUUCCGUUGAGUCUCUGUGUGCUGAGGUACGGACUCUGAUCGCUGCACCAUCACGACACAAGCUCCUGGUGUUGGCUGGGCCAUGUCUGGAAGAAUCUGGUGAACUACUUUUACAGAAAGGAUCAUUCACACUCCAGGAUUUUAUCCAGAUCUUCACAGACAAGGAGAUUGGAGAGCUGUUGAGCUUCACGCCUCCUGCUGACAAGGCCAGCCUUACUCUGGCCUGCCCAGACUUGGGAGAAUGGAAGAAGUCGAGCCUGGAAAACCACAGUCUCCAGGAGUUCAUCAAAAUCAGGCUGAACCCUCCAGUCGCGCUGUCAGAGAUGGAAGGCCUGCAGGAAUUCCUGGAGUACCUUUCAGAGACGAUGGAGGCAUCUUCCCCCUUUGACCUGCUGGAGCCCCCAGUCACUGUGGGCUUCCUGAAGCUCUCUAAACCCUGCUGCUAUAUCUUUCCAGGAGGCCGAGGGGACUCCGCAUUCUUUGCAGUCAAUGGCUUCAAUAUUCUGGUGGACGGAGGAUCGGAUCAGAAAUCUUCAUUCUGGAAACUGGUUCGUCACCUCGACAGGAUUGACUCUGUCCUGCUAACUCACAUUGGGACCGACAAUCUGCCUGGCAUCAACAGUCUACUGCACAGGAAACUGGCAGAACUGGAUGACGAUCAGUCGCUAGGCUCUGAAAUGAACAAUGACUGGACGAAACAUCUUAUUUCUCCUGAGAUUGGAGUCAUGUUUCUCAAUGCGCCCAAGAAGUUACAACAUAUUGAGAGAAGUAAUGUGAGGCGAAGUGUUGAUGAGGUUAGUGUGAUGCUUCAGUAUUUGGAUCAGUUACAUAUUAACCCGGUGCCACUCUGUAGAACUGGUGGCAAUUCUUUAGAACCUCUAAUUCUCUUUCAAAAGAUGGGAGUUGGACGACUGGAGAUGUACGUCCUGAAUCCAGUUGAAGGGAGUAAGGACCUGAGCAACUUGAUGCAACAGUGGGCAGGCAAUGGUUGGCCAAAAGGAGGGAAUGUUCCACUUCAGUGCCUGGUGUCCGUCUGUGCCCUCAUUGUCUGGCACCCAGCAAGUCGGGUGGAAAAGAUAAUCCGGGUGUUGUUUCCUGGUUGCACUCCUCAGAACAAGAUCCUGGAGGGACUGGAGAAGGUGAAGCACUUGGAUUUCCUGAAGCAACCCCUGGCCACUCAGAGCGAGCUGGAGACUUUGCAGAAGGACAAAGGCCCGAAGCCCAAACGGACAGAAAGUCGGGAGAGUCUCCACAGCCUCAGCAAGGGGUCGAGUGGCAGGGGAGGCCGGGACCCAGAGGCCGGGUCGCGGCUGGGGUCAGCCAAAUCCCGGGUGGAGAGGAAGGACAAGUCUGGGAAAACGAAAGCUGACACAGCAACACUAAGUGAGGGAAUGAAAGGAUCUCACCCCAAUAUGUCAGCGGAGCUGAAGGCUAGAGAACAAGGUGGGGACAAACUGAAAACCAACACCCAGCUGAAACCAUCCAAGGAAAAACUGCAAAAGAAAGAGGCAAAGCCAGUGAAACUGGAAGAGAAUAAGGAUGUGAAAGUCUCUAAAAGGGAAGAGAGAAAGGAUGCAGAGGAAAAGAAACAGGUGAGAAAAGAGGUGCCAAAACAAGUUAAAAAGAUCGAACCUAAAAAGGAUGAAAGGACAGGAGCUAAGGUCCCCACUAAAGUGUCCUCUGUUUCUUCUGAGAGCAGAAGGCCUUCAGCAAAAAGCAACAUGCCGAGCAAAGAGAUCAAAAAAGAUCUAGUUACUUCUGGGAAAGGAUCUGUCAAAACCAAACCAAAGCUUCAGAGUAAGGAAACUGCAGAUUGCAAACAGACUGCAGGCAGUGUGUCCCUCACUGAGAAGGGCCCUCAGCCAGCUGCUUCCAAGAUGUCCACUCCUGAAGACAUGACAGCUGAUUUUGAACAUCUCCAACAAGCUGAGCAGGAGGUACAGGCACAAGGUGCAGCGACUGGGUCAGCGGGUUAUGGGGGGGAGGUGGUCAUCCCAGAUGAAACCUCACCUGAUGAGGGCUUCACUACAAUGGAGAAUGAAAGUGAGCUGGAGUCUUCUCCCCAGGAUGAUGGCCAGCUUGUCGAUGUUACCAUCCCUGAAAAUGAGGACCCAGUCAUCUUGGAGUUGGAGCCACACAAGGGAGGCAAGAGUACAGAAGAGAAACAGGAAGCCAGAGGUGAAGCAGAGGCUGAAUCUGAUCAAGGUAUGAUUAGAAUUAAUCAUAUUAAUGGUCUGAUCUGUGAUACUGAAAAUGAAGAUGGUUUUGAGAUGGAAAGUCCUGAUAAAUUCAGGUAUUUUGAUGAAAAGUUGAGCCCUAGUAGGAAUAUGGCAGCCCUGUCACCACUUGCUAAAACCCCACGGAGUGAUCGUAGUGUUAACUUUGAUCUAACACCAACUGAACUUGGGCCACUAGAGGAAAUUAAAGGGCAGAUGUCAGUCAACAACCAGGAGACUCUGGAGGACCAGUGUGCAAGCUCUGAGGAGAAGACCCUGGAGAUGGUCUCUCCUCCAGGAUCCGGUCUGGCCAGUGCUGGCCACACUCCAUUCCAUCAAUCACCCAUUGAUGAGAUCAUUCCCAGGGGUGAAAAUGGUUUAAUUGAGAGAGUUUCCAGCCUUCUCGGUGAGGAGACCCAGUUGAACAAUGCUUUUAAUAAGCCUUUAGAUGGUGGACCCCAGUCAAAUGCAAGACCACCUUUUGAAAACACCAGUGCUCCACUGGACAGACAUACUGGCUUCCUGACCUUAAGUCCAUUCAAGGAAGUAGUCCCUGAUGUCUCGCCGACCCUGACCACCCCGUCGUUGCCAGCUGAGGUUGGCUCUCCUCAUUCCACAGAAGUUGAUGAGUCUCUGUCAGUCUCCUUUGAACAGGUUCUGCCACCCCUGAGUGAAGCUCUGGCCUCUCCAAGAGAGCAUAAUCAGAGGGGACCUCUCAAUGGUCUUUCUCCUGAACAUGAAACCUUCUCGGCGAAGGGUGACCCUCCCAGCAUGAGCCUGCCCCUGAAGUCAUUGCAAGAUCCAUUCCGGACUCCGCAGGUGGCCCUGGGCAGUGUCUCAGAUGGCGAUGGUGCGUUAACUCACGGCGAUGGAAUUGAUGGGCGUUUGCCACAUGUGAUGGCUUUGCCCUCUGACUCUCCUCAUGAUGUUGACUUGUGCCUUGUAUCACCCUGUGAAUUUAAGCACCCAAAGACUGAACUCUCGCCCUCCUUCAUCAACCCCAGCCCACGGGAGUUGUCAGACGAGAGUGACCUUUCCCAGGAAUUUGCCAAGCCGGUUGGCCAAAGGAGAGGUCACAAGUCUCUCUCCAAUCGAAAGGCAGCUCUGGAUGAAAGGACCCCAACUUCUGCUAGUGAGUCCCUUCCAACCCUUUCAGGUUCUGAUGCCCAGCCUGGGACUGAGGACUGCCCAUCCAUCACUGCAGAUGGUGGCAUUGACUCUGAGGAAGACUCUGAGAUCAUUCCCGCUGACAGGUCUCGUUCACCCGUGUCUUCAAUACCAUGUGACCCUUUGCCUGCCCCAAUGAAAGACCCUCACCCACCCCCGCCCCAACCUGGUAUCUGCAUGGUAGACCCUGAGGUACUGACACACAACUCUACCAAAGAUGCCAGAGAAAAGGCGAAAGGGAAAAAAUUAGGUUCAAAGCCAGCUUUGAGCUCUACAGCAAGGAAAACUGAAAACACUAAACAAUCAACUCUCUCCAAACCAAAAGGUCACCAACUGAUGCCUAAAGAGGUGGAUAAGAUGGUCACGGGCAGUAAGAGCAACCAAUCGGCGAAGGUUUUCCGAGCAAAUUCCAACCAGUCAAUAAAUUCUGAGGACAAGAAGGGAAGGAAUCUUCAAACUACAAGUUCCAAACCGCCUCGCAGUGCAGUGACAGGUGCAGUGAGCAAGGGUCCUCCGGUGGGGCCCCCUGUGUAUGUGGAUCUUGCCUACGUUCCCAACAACCACAGCGCUAGAACAAUCGACGCAGACUUUUUUAAACGACUGAGAUCUUCAAUCUACGUCAUCAGUGGAGAUGAUCCCCAGAAGGAGGGGGCAAUGAGGAACAUUCUGGAUGCUCUCCUGGAAGGCAAAACUGUGUGGGGGGAUAAUAUCCAGGUCACCAUAAUCCCGACCUUUGACUCUCCAAUCAUGCAUGAGUGGUACCAGGAGACCCACGAGAAACAGCAGUCACUAAACAUUACGGUGCUGGGGAGCAACAGCACUGUUGUCAUGCAAGAGGAGACCUUUCCUGCCUGCAAAGUUGAAUUCUGAUCGGGUGUUUGUUCAACACACAGAACAUUUUUGAGCGCUUUUGUGCGCAGGGAGUUGUAACCCAUGUUGGAUUAAUCCCACCCUCUAAUAGGCAAAAUAUCAAUCCUUCUAUGGAGUGUUUCUAGUGAUAUGUCAAGUAAUGCACGUUGAACCCCUCCCUCCCACAUUUCUCCCAGUUCACGUGAUGCUUCAAAAAAUGUUGCACAACCAUCUUAGGCCCAGGAUUCCCUCGAGCACCAGUGAACUGGGUGAAGGGCUGAGCUGUGCCAAUGGGUUUAUGAUGAGGGGACAGUAAGAGCCCACUGGGGCCAAGAGGUUAGAAUGGUAUCUGCUGACCACCCCAAUAUUUUGCAAUGAGGGCCACUUGUUUUCCUUUUGUAUGCAAAUAAUAGGGUAUUUAAUCUUGUUCACUGUGCAAAUCAGUUGGUUCAAAGGAGAGCAACGCUCUGGGGUUAAACUGUCAUUGUUUGCUCUGAAGCUGGUUUGACUUUCACCAUAGUGUUUAGACUGACAGCUUGGUUCAAGAGCUUUUUAAUUCCAGCCUGUGCUCAUGGCUAAUCUGUCACAAAUUAUAAUGGUGAAUGAAAUCUCUGCUGUAGGGUGGGUUUUCUUAUGACCAGUCACCAUUUCAAUUAAAAUUAUAAUAUAGGGGGUAAAUAAACUCCUCCCCUAGGUAUCCAGGGCCUUUCAGUUGGAGUCUGGGAGAUUAAUGUUCACACCCGCCCCAUACUGCUCCCACUGGAACUCUAACCUGCUGGCAUAUGGGCUCCAUCAGCACUGACCUCCGUCUGGCAUUUGAACUAAAUGAUCCAUUCUUGCAAGUAUAAUGAGUGUCAGUGGCCAAGCUGACCUGGAUGACUCCAUAAUUAGGCUGGUUUAGACUCCUGCCCAGUUAUUGUCUCCAGGACUGGGCUCUGUAAAACUCUUCCAGUGAUUAGACUCCUCUCCAUCAGGCUUGUGAGAUUGACAAAUUAAACCAGAUGCUGGCUACAUUCACAAACGAGUUGGUAAGAGCCAAACUGCUUUGCUAAUUGUUUUACUCUGCUCUCUUUCAUUUCAAGGAAGAGUGGUGGCUGAAGGUGGGGUUAAUCUUGUCGCCUGGUUCUGAUAUAGUUGUGCAACUAUAAAGAUCCUGCUCUGGCUGUGCAUAUCUUGAUUUCAGAUUUCUUUGAUCCAAUGUUAAACAUUCACCAAUGUGCUCGGACAAAUAACCAAUCAACUGAGACCAGCCAAGGACUUAGUCUCAUUUAGUGAAAGUUCACAGCGAGUGAGUUCAGUUGAAAUCCACAUUGAAGAGAGAAGCUACAAUGAGGAGUUGCUUAUUGCUGGGCAGGUUCAGUCUGGUUUUUGAGCGACUAUAUACCACAUCGCUUCGACUUGGAGUAAACAAAAAGCAAUUCACUGCUUCAACAACCUUCCACUAUAAACAUGAGGAGCUCUGAUACCUCAAUAUAAAAUAUAUACUGCAUGUUAAUCAACUUCAGUUGUAUUGUGGGUGAGGAUAAUCUAUUUUAUUUCUGGGAGGUAAGCAUUGUUGGCCCAGCCAACAUUUGCUCAUCCCUAAUUGCCCCUUAGGAGGUGGAGGUCAUCAGUGAAGGUGGCUAGUAUUAUAUUUUCUCCCUCCUGAAUAACUGAAGAGGACGAGGGCAAACACAGGUUUUGCAAACUGCAAUGAUGUGGGAGUGGAAGAGUUGAGAUUGAUGUUUCAAUCAGUAGGAUUUGAAUCGGUAACAAUUAUCACCUAGAUUUUCUUGGAAUCUAUGCUUCAAACCCAUCCUUAGUAUGAUAGGAAGCACAAGAGAGAAUUGGAUUAAUGGCAAGUUGUGGUCUUAGUUAUUGCUGUUGAAACACUUGAUUUCUGUCCUUGCAACACCAGUCACCUUUCCCCAGUUGACACGGCUACUGUGACCUGCAAAUGUCCCGAAUGUCAAAUUGAAAAUAACUAUUGGCAGACAAUUGAAUUACUGCCUUGGUGAAUAGUUCUGAUCAGUAAAAGUUUUAUUUAUCAGUGGUGAGGCAAUGAGAAUGAGAGAACAGUUGGCUGGUGAAGCUUUGUUCAGUGUGGAUCUCGGCUGUGAGGCUUAUUUGGAAAGGGUAGGUGGUGUAGCUGCAGAGUGCAGUGUCUUCAUGUUGACUGUCAGAGGGCCAUCCCGUUGCUGGCUGGAGAUAAUAUCACUGGCUUAAUGUCUCCAUCAACCUAAUCCUGGUAAUGGCAGCUUGGCCAUUUAGCCAGACACCUGACAGUCAACAGACACCUACUUGUGACUUUAGUGAAUGAUGGUUUGGGAAAGUAGAUAAAAGAACAGACGGAUGUAUUUAGAUUCGUGAGUGCAGAGUGCUAUACUGGGAAGGGUUAGAAUGAUGACUAUAUUCUAAUGCUGAGGGGGCACAAACUCCACUUAGAAGAUCAGGUUGAGGUGUUCAGUGCUUUGGAAUUGUCUGAACUGCAGAUUUGGUAAAAGGUCAUUUUCUGGUCCAGAAAAAGCAAACAACCUUUAGCUGUUGAGAGGAGGGUGGGUGGAGGGACAAGUGAAAUCAGAACCAGGAACCAUCAAUUCUCCCAAGUUUAACAUAGAUGUGCCAUAAAGAGUAUCUUCUCCUUUUUCGCCGCUGCUCCCCCGCCCCCACUAUCUCCUUGGAGUGUGGGUUACAAGGCCAGAUCUGUCCUUGACUCUCCCUAUAGGGGCUGCCUUUCACUGAGGUGGAGGGGGAACCUGGGAUGUGCUCUCUUUUUGUUUACAUGGAGAGCAAUAGUAGCUGAAAGUUUAAUUAUCUUGUGCCCUGAAUUUGGCUAAUUUAAUCCUACACACUCCACUGAGAAGCAUAAAGAGCUCAUGACACAUAAGCAUGCAACUGAAAAGGCUGCAAUUUCAAUCCAGUUAUUUAUUCUCAAAAUUAAUAUAUAAGCUUUUGGUUAUGGUUUACACUUUUUUUAAAAUUGCUGUCUUAUCUGAGCAGCACUGUUUUGUCAAACUUUUCAUUAAGGUUUUUUAAAUGUGAGGUUUAAUCAGUAUUAAACACUAAUUGGUGAAUUAUUUUAAGGUUAAUGCGAUGGAGGAUGCAAAUGUUUGUCCUGAUUUAUGCAUUUCAUUGAGAAUUGUACUGUAGUCCUGAACAUGUAUGUGAAACUUUCCAUAACUGCUGUCUGUGCCAUACAUCGACAGGAUAUUGUGAAUUUUAAAGGGUAGUGUGUUUACACAUCAGUAGGUGGGGAUAAUGCCUAUCUCCGAAUCAAUACAAGGAACUCUCAACCAACCUGGUUAAAAGUGUGGGAGUUUGGUGGAUUUUAGCCUAAAAUAAUCAAGCAAUGUUUCUACCCCUGCAGCAGGUUGAUUGACUUGAUCUUCUAUUGGAGAUGCUGGGGGAGUUCAUCUAGUUUAACUCUAGAGACCGCCCCCCCCCCCCACCCAAUUCCAUUUGUAAACACCCAUGUUUAUACUGUUAAUCUGGUUCACUGGUAAGAGGAGGGCUUGCAGGGGCUGGGUGUACUGUGUUGUUUGGGGAGGGAGUCUCUCUCCAGUGUUUUACUUUAAAUGGGGAGGUGUCUGCACGGAAUUGCUUACGUCCCUCCCUGUUACUGUGCAGAGGUCCAUGCUGCUAAUUGUUCCCACUUGCUUCUAAGGAUUGUCUGUGUAUGUGCACAGACUGAUCUAUCUGUUGGCACUACUAUUUUAAAAAAUGAUGUCUGGCUUUAUGAUGAAAUUGAACAAUAAAGUUUAAUUAAAGGAA